CGAGUUAAAAGCUGCAAGAAGGGAGCAGCGCCACAAUGCGUCCUCUCCCUUUCCGUCGCAGCUGCCCUUUCUGGCCUUCUCCGCGCCUUAAAAUCCGAUCGCGAGAGCCAAUUUCGCAGACCUAAAUCUCAGCUCCAAAUCAGCUAAUCGCGAGGCAGGUGAAUUGCUGAUGGCGAGGGAGAAGAUUGAGAUAAAGAAGAUAAAGAGCGCAACGGCGAGGCAGGUGACCUUCUCGAAGCGGCGCCGGGGGCUGUUCAAGAAGGCGGAGGAGCUCUCCGUGCUGUGCGACGCCGAGGUGGCGCUCAUCGUCUUCUCCGCCACCGGCAAGCUCUUUGAGUUCGCUAGCUCUAGUGUUAAGGACAUUCUUGAAAAACGCUGUACAGAUUCACAGAAUUUGCAGAAAGAAGAACAUCCAUACUUCGACUUAAAUAUAGAUGACAACAUCUAUGCAAGCCUGAGAUUAGAAGUGGCCCAGGAAAGCCUUCGAUUAAGGUAUCCUUUAUUAGUUUUAACUGCAGUACACUUAAAAUAUAUCUUCAUGCUAUAUAUUGUCAGGCAAAUGAGAGGAGAAGAGCUUAAAACUUUGACGAUCCAUGAGCUUCUACAUCUAGAGAAGAUCCUUGAAGAAGGAUUAACUCGUGUGCUCGAGAAAAAGGUCCAUCAAAUCAUGGAUCAGAUUAAUGAUCUCCGAGAAAAGGAAAAGCAACUGACAGGAGAAAAUGAGAGGCUGAAACAACAAAUGGCAAAGGAAGAGAAACAAGUAGUGACUGAAUCAGAAAACCUUACGUGUGAAGAUGGCCAGUCAGCUGAAUCAGUCUCUGAUGCUUUGCACUCUAGAACGCUUCUGGAUCGUGUCAAUGUUAAUUCAGAUACUACACUCAAAUUAGGGUUGCCAGUGUAAAAUUGGGUCUCAUUUCUGUUCAGGAGAAUACUUGAAAACAGAAACCAAAAGCUACGUAUUAAGUUGGAUCGAGUAUUAGUAAUGCUGCACUUUCUAUUCUAUAUAUAGUUAUGUAUGGACACUCUUAAUUAUAAGAACAUGAAAACUCUGUAGUUAAGUAUGUAUUUUGCGUAGAGUUCAUGUGAAUCAGUCUUGCGUUACUUGCAAUAAACUUUAUCGUUAUUAUUA